AUGGCCCGGAUCCAGGAGGAUGGCACGUCAUCCGGCAAUCGAUCAUCCGCCCGCGUCAUCUCGAAUGUCUGCUUGCCCGCCACCGAGUCUGGCAGCACGUGGGACAUCUAUAUCAAGGAUGGCAAUAUCGAAUAUGUCAGGAGCCAUGACGAGAGCGCAGGCUUGUAUGGGCUGCAUGCAAUCGAUGGACGCGGUGCACUUCUGGCUCCCAGCUUAUGUCACCCGCAUAUCCACCUCGACAAGGCCUUCUUGCUCUCCCAUCCCAAAUAUGCACACUUGCAAAUUCAGGAUGGGGACUUCAAAGAAGCCAUGAACAUGACUGGUCAGGCGAAAGCUCAGUUUGAGCAUGCUGAUCUUCUUGAGCGUGGACAGAGGCUCAUCGAUGAAAGCGUAGCCGCCGGAGUAACUCACAUGCGAGCCUUCGUCGAGCUGGACGCUGGAGUCGGCCGGAAAUGCCUUGACGCCGGAAUCGCACUCCAGGAGCGAGCCGCUCGGGACGAGACUUGCCAUGUUCAGCUCUGUGCUUUUGCCCAGUUACCUCUGUUCUCUCCAGCACAGGACGACAAAGAUGGCAACGUCAUCCGCCAGCUGAUUCGCGAAGCCGCCGCCAAUGGAGCCGUCCAUGUCAUAGGUAGUACCCCAUACGUUGAGACGGAACGCAGUCGUAUGGAGAGAAACGUCGAGUGGAUGGUCGACUUGAGCAUUGAAUUCGACCUCCAUCUCGACUUCCACCUGGACUACAAUCUUGACUCGGAGACGGCGCCCAUGGUAUUUCAUGUUGUCGAGAUCUUGAAGAAUAAGAAGUGGAAGUAUCGUACAAAAGGUAAGACUGUGGUACUGGGACACUGCACACGCCUUUCACUCUGGGAUCAUGAUCAAUGGCAAAGACUUGCAUCCGACAUCGCAGAGGCUGAGCUUCCAAUAUCCUUCGUUGGCCUUCCAACAAGCGACCUGUUCAUGAUGAGGACUGGAAAGCCUCUCGAGGUCCGUGGGACGCUGAACAUUCCGAGACUCGUUAAUCAGUACGGACUUAAUGCGUGUAUUGGUGUGAACAACAUUGGCAAUGCUUUCACUCCGCAGGGAUCCUGCGACCCGCUCAGUCUUGCAUCUCAAUGUGUAGGUGUUUACCAGACAGGAACAAAGCAGGAUACCGAGCUCCUUUACGAAUGCAUAAGCACAAGAGCCAAAGCCGCUAUUGGGGUCGCCCGACCAAAUGCGAAUCGCAAAGAACUGUCAGUUGUGAAAGAUAUGCCAGCAGAUUUGCUUUCAUUUCCCGGCGCAAAGGAGACCUGGCGUACCUGUAGAAGCGUCAGCGAGGCUGUGUAUCUGUACGAUGGUGCUCGGAAUAGGAGUUCGUUCUACCUGGGCAAAUUGCAACAGAGAGAAUCGUAA